AUGAGGGACGCUCUUUCAGUUGCCGGGAAUUCAUCAAUCAGGACAUUAACCAGGGGUUUCGUGUGGAGCAUCCACAACUACCAGCGCUAUCAAUUCACAACGCUCGUCCAACAGCGUCAAACCAAUCAGCCAGGCGCAGUUGCUCGAGUCUUUAUGCAAUCCAUCAUCAAACAAAGUUCACAGCCUCGACUCAGCGCCUGUGCCCUGCCACCAUCCUUGUAUACGGCUGAAGAGUCUGUUAUUUCAAGCCCUGAUUCCCUUUCACUAGCUGUCUUCUCCGAUUCCUUUCCUCAUCAUCUUCUCCCCAUCUUCUUUCCGAUACUUCACAAGAAGGACGCCCUCAACAACACGGCCGACCACUAUGCGUCCGGUGCCGUUCCCACGACCUCCGGGAGAAAUGUGCCUCAGAUUACCUUCAUUCGAACCGACACAACCUCCCAAGAAGUGAUCCGUCCGCCUGUCUUCGACGGAGAUGCCGAUCACCGCGACGAUCGAUAUCUAGAACCCGUUCCUCCUUCUCCUUCGCAUCGCAAAUCGUUGAAUCCGUUCCGUCGCUCGCGUGCUCCCUCAGAGUCCUCGGGUACAAUCUCACCAACGCGCCCGCGCGGAGAAAGACGGCUGACGCACUUGCUGCACUUGGAUCGCUCGGGGUCGCGGAAUUCCAGCUCGUCAUCAGUCAACGUCCCAUCCGACCUCCCGCAGAUAAAUUGUGAUCGAGGCGACGAGCAAGAAAGGGAGGCACAAUGGGAAAAGAGGGCCACGAUGCUGGCACAGCGCAGCCCGCAAGCUGGAGCUCCGUGUCUGUCGCCUACUUCGCCGACAGGCUUUGGAUUGGAUGGCGCGCCAUCGAGGUCGCGGAGUUCUAGUCGGAGCCGGAUAAACGAUCCAGAAGGGGAUGUCAAUGUACAAGAGGCGAUCCGACUUCAUGAAGCUGGAGAACUCGAACGGUCGACAAAAAUGUUUGAGCACCUGGCGGACCCUAACGGUGCCAACAAUGCACUCAGUCAAGUGCUCUAUGGGCUAGCGCUCCGACAUGGUUGGGGCUGCUCGCCAGAUCCUGAUAGAGCCGUCAUGUAUCUUUCGGCCGCAGCGUCCAACUCGGCAUCGAUAGAGUCUCAGGCGCUCCAGGCCGGCAUCAAGAAAGGCGGAUCUGCUAAGGGAGAGCUAGUGUUGGCUAUUUUCGAGCUGGGAAACUGCUUCCGUAAUGGCUGGGGCGUCAAGAAAGACCCAGUCGCAGCGCGACAAUACUUCGAAACGGCAGCCAACCUGGGCGAUACCGACGCGAUGAACGAGGUUGCUUGGUGCUACCUAGAAGGGUUUGGCGGGAAAAAGGACAAGUUCACGGCCGCCAAAUACUACCGAUUGGCCGAAGAGAAAGGCAACAAAUUAGUGGGAAAUUCCUGGAUAUGGAAGGACAAGUACAACCCGCACUGA